CAUUUCCCACCUCAAUUUUUUUUUCUCGAGAAAGUAAAAAGUUUGAAACUUUCCAGAACACUAUUAGCAUUGUUCUGUUAUUUAAAGUUUAAUCCUUUGGGGUCUGUUGUCAGUCAGUCCCAAAAACACACCUACUACCCACUCUCCCGUGACUACCAUAUCCCGGUUCAUUUCUGUUAAACGAUCCGGCCGGCAGCACCAUGAACCGAGGGAUUGUAGCCACCGCCAACGGUGGCUCGGGAACGGGCUCAGUCGGUGUUCAGAUCCAACAAUCUCGAAGGCUCCCGGAUUUCCUUCAAAGCGUUAAUCUCAAGUACGUAAAACUUGGCUACCACUACCUGAUUUCCAAUCUUUUGACCCUCUGUUUUAUCCCUCUGAUCGCUGCGAUAUCGAUCCAAGUUUCUCAAAUGGAUCUUGAUGAUUUACGCCAGUUAUGGCAUCACCUUCAAUACAAUCUAGUCAGCAUCAUCACCUGCUCUGCUAUUCUAGUCUUCGGGUUAACUGUCUUCAUCAUGACCCGACCCCGACCCGUCUACCUCGUCGAUUAUUCUUGUUACCGUCCUCCCGACCAUCUUAAAGCCCCAUACGGUAGUUUCUUGGAGCACUCGAGGUUGACCGGUGAUUUCAAUGAAUCCUCCCUCGAGUUCCAGCGCAAGAUUUUGGAACGCUCGGGGCUGGGGGAAGAGACUUAUGUGCCUCAAGCAAUGCAUAAUAUUCCCCCAACGCCGUCUAUGGCGGCUGCGAGGGAAGAAGCCGAGGAGGUUAUGUAUGGGGCUUUAGAUAUUCUUUUCCAGAACACGAAUGUCAACCCCAAGGAUAUCGGUAUUCUUGUCGUGAAUUGUAGUUUGUUUAAUCCGACGCCGUCUUUGUCGGCUAUGAUUGUAAACAAGUAUAAGCUAAGGGGAAAUAUUAGGAGUUUUAAUCUAGGUGGGAUGGGGUGUAGUGCUGGUGUCAUUGCCGUUGAUCUUGCUAAAGAUUUGCUGCAGGUGCAUAGGAAUACUUAUGCUGUUGUUGUGAGUACUGAGAAUAUUACUCAGAAUUGGUAUUUUGGGAAUAAGAAGUCCAUGUUGAUACCCAAUUGUUUGUUUCGAGUAGGGGGAUCCGCAGUUUUGCUUUCGAACAAGUCGAACGAUAGGAGGCGAGCUAAGUAUAAGCUUAUUCAUGUGGUGAGGACUCAUAAAGGAGCAGAAGAUAAGGCAUUUAGGUGCGUGUAUCAGGAACAGGAUGAUGCGGGGAAGACCGGUGUUUCGCUGUCUAAAGAUUUGAUGGCAAUUGCCGGAGGUGCACUUAAGACGAAUAUCACAACCUUGGGUCCUCUUGUGUUACCGAUCAGCGAGCAGCUUUUGUUUUUCGCAACGUUGUUGGUGAAGAAGUUGUUCAAUGCGAGUGUCAAACCUUAUAUUCCAGAUUUCAAGUUGGCAUUUGAUCAUUUCUGUAUACAUGCUGGUGGGAGGGCUGUGAUUGAUGAGCUGGAGAAGAAUCUGCAGCUGCUACCGAUACAUGUGGAGGCUUCUAGAAUGACUCUCCAUCGUUUCGGAAACACUUCUUCGAGUUCCAUUUGGUAUGAAUUGGCGUACAUCGAGGCUAAGGGGAGGAUUCGGAAUCGCAACCGUGUGUGGCAAAUUGCAUUUGGAAGUGGCUUCAAAUGUAAUAGUGCAGUCUGGCAAGCACUUUGGAAUGUGAAGCCGUCGAGUAAUGGUCCCUGGGAAGAUUGCAUCGAUAAGUACCCUGUGAAAUUAAGCACCUAGCCAGUACCAUUUCGAGUUCGAUUCUACAUUUACACGUAGUAUUUCCUUGAUAUGUACUUUUUAGUUGGUCAUUUUUCUCAGCAUGUUGUCAAAUUUGGGAUACCAUUGUGUUUCAUCUUUUGCAGUUCCUGCAUGUCUGGACUUGCUCAUUUUGUACUAUAAUUCUCUAUGUAUUUCCUUGUUACAGAUAUCAUUGAUGUAUAAUACAUUUAUGGUGUGGGAAAGGACCACA